AUGUAUGGACAUAAUGCAGUGUUGCCUUUGGAAAUUUACCUACAAUCAGUCAGGAUUCAGAGGCAAUCUGAGAUCCCAACUGAGUCUUAUUGGGGAAUGGUGUUUGAUGAGUUGACUCAGUUGGACGAAAGUAGAUUAGCUGCGCUUGAUGUUUUGAUACGACAAAAAGAAAGGGUUGAUAAGGCUUACAAUAAAAACGUGAAGCCUAAAGCAUUUAAUAAAGGUGUCCUAGUUUGGAAAGUUAUAUUUCCUAUGGAUCCAAAGGAUAGACUAUGGGGAAAAUGUUCCCCAAAUUGGGAGGGACCUUGUAAAACAUUACAAACGUUCUCAAAUAAUGCAUAUGAAAUUGAAGAAUUGACUUCGGAAGGUCGAACUCUACGAAUCAAUGGCAAGUAUUUAAAGUUAUAUCUACCUACUUUGCAGGUAUACAUAGGCACAGAAGAAUAA